AUGCAGUUACCGCCGGGUAUUUGGUCCUUCAGCGAGACACAGCUCACUGAACAGGGCUUUCGUUCCUUUGCUUCACAAGCUCGUCAUUUAGCCAAAGAACAGGGCCGACAGCUUCGAAUACACUCAGGCGCUGCUGCGCCCCCUCGCUUUUUGGGUUCUGCUGCUGGUGCUUGGACGGGUGUGCUUACUAUGUCUGACUUCCCUCAGCAACUUGUUCAUCCACAAUGGAAGGGAGCUGAAUUUGAAUCAGGCAGAUUGCUCAUGAACACCGUUCACAUUGGUGGCUUGACUCUCACAGGGUCUACUUUGUAUGGUCCUGCCAAUUCGCCUACAUGGAAGCAGCCUUUAUCUCUGCUCUCAGAACUCAUUGACACGGUCACUGAGGAGAUCGUCCUUGGAAGAUCUGGAUUGCGAUAUGUUGCAGGGGAUUUCAACUGUGAUCGCAUGCAGCUUCCGCAAUUUCAUGAGUGGUAUCGUAGAGGUUGGCGAGAGCUUCAACAAGUUGCCUAUGACCGUUGGCAGCAGCCUUUCCAGCCCACUUGUAAGGCUUCAACUCAGCGGGACUUCUUCUGGGCUAGUCCAGAGCUCUUGCAACGACUGCAGCAAGUGGAAGUGUGGCACGAUUUGUUCCCGGAUCACUCCGUUGUGGUGGGGCACUUUGACCUUGCUCGGAGUUUGGAACCGUUGUACUACUGGCCCAUGCCGGGCACUUUCUGGCUUGAUGACGAGCAGAUUGAAGUGGAACAGAGUAAGCAAGUUGAUUUCCCAGCCCAACAAGGCUGGGUCACAAUUCACUCGGACCGCCUCAUUGUGCCUGGUCAAACUGUUGAACAGCACGUGGUGUUGGACACCCCUCAAAAGGUGCAAAAUGAGCUCGCUGAUCUUUGGGCUGGGAGAUGGAAUGUCAUGGCCUCUCUUCCUGAUGGUGCAUGGAACCGCAUUUUUGCAUUUGCCAGGGACUACACUGCUACUUUGCCUUUGCGGUUUGAGAGAUUCACUGCUGAACACAUUGUUUCCACUCUCAAAAAGGGUAGUGGACUCAAAACCCGUGGACCAGAUGCCUGGAGUAGGGAUGACUUGCUGGCACUUCCCAAUGAGUUCAGGUUAGAUCUGGCGAACCUCUUCACUGCAGUUGAAUCUGGAGCUGACUGGCCGCAGCAACUUUGCAGGGGACAUGUGACAUGCAUAGCUAAGGUUGCUCAGGCCACUGAGGCUACGCAGUACAGACCCAUAACCCUCUUCAGUUUGCUGUAUCGAAUUUGGGGUAGCUGUAGAGCUCGUGAGUUGUUGGCACAGCUUGAACCUUUUGCCAACUUCGACACCUUCGGCUACAUCAAGCACCGUUCUUGCGUUGACUUGACUUAUGCCAUCAUGGUUCAGGUGGAAAUAGCACUGCUGCAAGGGCUCUCAUGCAAUGGCGUCAUGGUGGACAUCAUUCGAUGCUUCAAUCAUUUGCCUCGCAAACCGAUUUUCCUUUUAGGGCGAAAGAUGGGACUUCCCAUGCCUAUACUUGUGGCCUGGGACAACUUCCUUCGAAACACCCGUCGUUCUUUUCGGGUGCAGGGGAUGAUAGGGCGAGAAGUCCCGUCUGACAGUGGAUUCCCAGAGGGAGACUCAAUGAGCUGUUUGGCUAUGAUUGUAGCGCUCUUCAGCUUUCACAGAUACUUUCAAGUCUUUGAACCAACGAUAUCAGCAUACUCGUAUGUCGAUAACCUUGAGCUGGUUUCUUCUGAAGUAAUGCAUCUGGUUCGAGGGCACCUCACGCUUCAAGCCUGGACAGAGAUGAUGACAUUGCAUUUGGACCAAUCCAAAACACUGGCUUGGGCCGCCCAAGCUGCUGAUCGUAGACUUCUGCAGCUUGCUGGCUUUGCCAUUACUGAGGGGACUAAGGAUCUUGCUGAUGCAGCCAUUUUGGGACAUCACUGGAUCACCAAAUUGCGGACCUGGACCAUGAGGUCUCUCGGCUUUGCACGUCCAGGAGCCUCGCCAUUGAUCCGACUAGCUUGGAUCUGUCCGGUGAACACGGACCCGGGUUUUGUUGAAUGCUGGAACGCCUGGAGCUCUUUUCAGCGGCAGCUUCACAAAAGUACUUUCAUCAGGAAAGCCUGGGUAACAUUUGUUGAGUAUGCUGGAUCUAAGGGCACAUAUGGUCCUUUUGCCAAGAUUUUUGCACUCAGUAGCACUUUGGGAUGGAGCUUGAGUCAUGAUUUGGUCUUGCGCAUCUCUGACGGAUGCCAGGUGCCGUUUUUGAGCCUUGACCGUGCCACUCUCAAGCAUUUGGUCACUGAGGCGUGGUUUCAAGUGAUUGCGCGCUCGGUGCGCCUCAGGAAGGACUUCAGUGACCUUGAGGGCAUUGAUCAUGCAGCAACUUUUGGUGCCCGAAACACACUUUCUCAUGCUGAGCAAGCUUUGCUUUCGUGUGCCCAAGAAGGCACCAUGUUUUUGAACACCUUCAAAUCCAAAUUUGAUCCGAGUAGGACCUGUUUGUGUGAUUUUUGCGGACAGGAGGACACGCUGGCUCAUCGAGCCCUAACUUGUCCGCACUUCGAAACCGCCCGAAGAGAUUUUGAGGACUGUGUUGCCUGUUGGCACUGUUUUCCCUCAGCGCUCACGCAUCACGGACUAGCGGGUGCAAAUCCUUGGAUUGAUGAUUUUCAUUCUUUGUUGCUGCAAAUUCCAUGGGAGCCCACAGAGUGGCACAGCAGUCCCUGUGGAAUUGGGACUCAGCGGAUCUUCACUGACGGAAGCUGCUCACAUCCUAAGGUACCGUGUUGUGCCUUGGCUGCCUGGGCUUGCGUCCACGAAGAUAGUGGGCAAACUCUAGCCUCAGGACUUCUUCCUGGACUGAGACUGCAUAACAACAGAGCUGAACUUUUUGCUGUUUACGUGGCAGUUCUUUGGAGCAAGCACUUUUUCUGUGACGUGGACAUCUUCACUGAUUCUAGCUAUGUUGUACGCGGCUGGGAUGCUCUGUUGCGCACUCGACAUGUUUCCUUUGACUGCACCAACUCAGAUCUUUGGGAGUUGCUCUGGCAGGCAAUGCUAGUCCACGAGAACACGGUUCGGCUGUACAAAACAGAAGCUCACCUGGACCAGACGCUUCUGACGGAUGCCAAUUCGGCCUGGCAGGCGCACUGGAACAGUGUUGCAGAUCUUUCUGCCAAAACUGCCAGACGCACGGCAGGCUGCGCUCGCUUGCGUCAAGUUCAUGAGAGACUGAUUAGGACCUAUGAGUGGCACAGGCACUGGGCGCUCCGCUACCAAGCCUUUCUGCUUUCGUUGGCUCAAAGGUCUAUGAGUACUUCUACUACUGAGAGUAUGCAUGAUGAUGACUCGGCGUUGAAUUUGUUUAACUGGUGUUCUCAGAACCCAGGUGACCUUUUUGAUGAGCUGCCCCUAGAUUUAGCUUCCCUGAUCUCCCAAUCAGUGAAACUCCGUGAUUUUGGCCUUCCCAUAGCCUUGAAAUUGGCUACUUGGCUCUCGCGGCUAGAUACUGCGGCCACGCAUCUUGCCCCAGUUUCGUAUCUCGAGGUGUUUGUUGCUUUUUCGAGUGAGUUUGAUGUUGUUUUGCCGGUUCAGGUUGGUACUCGAAACAACUUACGGUGGCAAGAUCCUUUUAGUAGGAGGGCUGGUGGGCUCCUUCAACGUACCUUGGUAUCACAGGUGAAGGUUUUCAG